GCCAAAGAUCAGCUUCUCCAGGCUGGGCAGGGAGGUGGGUUUUAAUAGCAACUCCGGGUAGCCGCCGCCGCCGCCAGGGAUCCAAAUUGUGACGACGGUGCCUGAGCUGGGCAAGGGGAGGGCGAGAAAGCGGAGACGGGGAGGCGCAGGCGGCUGGCCAGAAAUCCCCCGCCUCUCGCCACGAAGGGGCUCCCGGUGAAGCGGGAGAUGUGAAAAAAGGACGCGGGCGGCAACCUCCCGAGCAGCCCGACGCGCCUGAGCCGUCCCUCCUCCGCCCUCGCCAUGGCCGCGCCCGGGCGCCGCAAGAUGAGCACCGUGGUGGAGCUGCCGCCGCUGCAGCCGCAGCCGCCGCCGCUGGAUUCGAUGGAAGAGGGCGCCACCUCGGCCAGCUCCUCGCACGCCCGCAGCGUCAGCACCAGCAGCACCAUCACCCACGGCUCGACGGAAGGGGAGUCGCACUUCUCGGUGUCGACCAUCCUCGGCCUGCGGGGCAUCAGCUCCACCUCCACCCUCAACGUCCCGGAUGCCAACGCCACGCCGGACAAGCCCAAAGGGGAGAAGGCUCGCUCCCUCCUCAAGAUGUUGAUGAGAAAUCAGAAGGUAAAUGAAGAGGCAGCGCUUCACAUGCCUAGUGACAUCCAUAAUUUAAUUCCUUGUGGUGAUGUGGCAGGCUUGCUGGCAAUUAAUGUGAAACAGUGCAAAGAUUUUACCUCCAAAUUCAAUGUUAAACGUGACACCUAUUAUUGAUUCGUAUUAGUAUUGAUAAAAUUAUGAAAUGCACAAAUCCCCAAUUGUACAGACCACAGUUCAGGUCCAGAAAGUUGAGUAGUCAUCUAUUUCGGAGAUGUGAGAUACUUUU